AUGGCAUCAGUGGCGCUGUUACUCUUACUAGUGGGCUGUUUUGGAACGGGCACGUUUGCCGCCAACAUUCUAUACGUCAACACCGUUGCGUCCCCGAGCCAUUUCGGAUGGAACCGAGCGCUGAUAUACGAGCUAGCCUCCCGCGGCCACAAUCUGACCGUGUUUGGGGUGAACAGUGAAUCAAACCCACCACCAAACGUCACGUUCAUUUUGCUCGAAAAUGUGUACGAUGUGCUGUACAGUGAUCCGAACGUGAACACGGAUUUCUUCGAGAUGAGCAAGAUAAGUCCGUUCGCUAUGCAUCUGAUAUUUAACGAAUAUAUGUUUGGCGUGUGUGAGAUUGCGUUGCGCACCGAGGGGGCCAAACGGUUGCAGAACUACCCGCCAGACUUUGGGUUCGAGCUUAUCAUCCACGAUUACCUUUCCGGGCCGUGUUUGGCAGCGCUGGAACACCAUCGGUUCGGGAAACCACCGGUUAUCGGCGUUACAGGGUAUCACGGUGUCUCGACGACGCUUUCGAUGACGGGUGCGUACCAAUACUCGGCACUGGUGCCGAACCAUGUUUACGAUGCGACCGAAGACAUGAGCUACAAGGAGCGCUUCAUUAACCUGCUGGUAAACAUGGAGGAAGAAAUGCUGCAAGCGUACAGUAUGAUCCCAAAGUCGAAUCGAUUGCUGCGACAGUACGAUCCAACGGUGCCGGAUGUGACCGAGUUUUACCGGGAGACGAGGUUGGUGCUGUUGAAUUCGAACCCUGUCAUCCAGUACUCCGAACCGUUUAUGCCCAACGUGAUCCAGGUCGGUGGAAUGCAGAUCAUCAAACCGAAGCCAUUGCCGGAAGAUUUGGAAACCCUGCUCAACCAGGCCGGUCCGGGUGGUGUCGUGCUGUUUUCGCUUGGCACCAAUAUACGCAGCGAUACGCUGGGUGAGACCCGCAUCCUUGCCAUCCUCAGUGCAAUGGAAGAGUUGCCGGAGUACACCUUCCUGUGGAAGUUUGAAACGGACACGUUGCCACGCGCACUGCCCAGCAAUGUGCACGUGAGGAAGUGGCUGCCACAAAACGAUCUGCUGGCGCAACCCGCCAUACGGCUGUUCAUCACGCACAGUGGGCUUCUAAGCACACAGGAAGCGAUCUGGCACGGUGUGCCGGUCAUCGGGUUUCCGGUGUUUGCCGACCAGUUUAAAAACAUCAACUACUGCGAGUCGAAGGGCGUCGGCAAACGGCUUAGCAUUGAGCACGUUAACAAAGAAGACCUCGUGCGUACGAUACGCGAAAUCAUGACCACGGAAAGUUAUCGCAUCAACAUGAAACGCAUGUCAUCGCUGUUCCGCGAUCAACCAGAACAUCCGCUCGAUCGGGCUGUCUGGUGGGUCGAGUGGGUCCUACGCAACCCAGAUGCAACGGAAAUGAUGACGCACGGUACGCGACUCCACUGGUUCGUGAAAUAUUCCUACGACGUGCUGAUUCCACUGUUCGCCUCGAUCGCACUCGUCUGUCACGGAUUGUUCUUCAUCACGCGGCGUCUGUUCUGUCGCAGAAAAGGUCCAGCAGCCAAGUCUGUAAAACAGAAAAGAUCGUAA